AUGGAGCCUGUUGAAAAUAGCACAUCUAAUAUAACGCAAGUUCUCUCGGAUUUGUUCGGAGAAGUGCUUCUAGCAUCUGAGUCAUCAGAUCAUAAUAGAAGUAAUGUGGAUGUAUCACAAUUUUUAUCCAUAUUGAAGCAAAAUAAGCAUUCCACGAAGGGGAGUCAUGAUAACUUGGACUUUGGUACAUUAAUAAAAUUAGUGGACGGAUGGCGGAAUAAAUUGAAUUUAACAAAGCCGUUGGAGCCGCCGGCGUGUAAUUAUUGUGAAGGGAGCUUCCGAGAUGUCAUACUAGCUUACAACAGCAUCCAUGGAUACGUCAGCCUAGUCGUGUGCUUGUUCGGGAGUUUGGCGAACGCCCUGAACGUGGCUGUGCUGACUCGGCGGGACCUCGCAGCCGCCCCCAUCAACCGCCUGCUCAAGUGGCUGGCGGUCGCCGAUGUCUUUGUCAUGCUCGAGUACGUGCCCUUCGCAGUUUAUCGCUACCUUAUAUUGCCUGGUCAGCACGAGAUGCCGUACAAGUGGGCAGCGUACCUGCUCUUCCACAUGCACUUCGCGCAGAUCUUCCACACGGCCUCCAUCUGCCUUACGCUCUCGCUAGCUGUUUGGAGAUAUGUCGCUAUAAAAUAUUCUGACAAAAAUCAUAUUCUUUGUACGGAAAGACGCUGCAGUGUGGCGAUAUUGACCAGUUUCGUCUUGCCACCGAUACUUUGCGUACCUACAUUCCUGGUGUUCGAUAUCCACACUGCAGUUGUAAUAGAACCCAGCGGGCCCAUGAUCUUGUACCACGUAGACGCUGACCAGGAAGGAAUGCUGUACCUGAUAAAUUUCUGGGUACAUGCAGUAGUCAUCAAACUUCUGCCAUGUUGCAUAUUGACAGUGAUCAGCCUUUGGUUGAUAUUUGAAGUGUACCGCGCCAAUGAACACCAAAAGAAAAUAAGAGUUUAUGACACAUGCCCUACAAAUAAAACAGGGAAGCGACAGAAUAGAGCUAACAAACGUGCAAAUAGGACGACCAAGAUGUUGGUGGCGGUUCUAGUAUUGUUUUUGGUGACGGAGUUACCUCAGGGUAUACUCGGUCUUUUGAGUGGUCUACUGGGACGAUGCUUCUUCAAGGGUUGCUACGAUCUGUUCGGAGAACUGAUGGACGCGCUGGCGCUACUGAACGGGGCCAUCAACUUCAUCUUGUAUUGUUCCAUGUCCCGUCAGUUCCGUAUGACGUUUCGCCAGCUCAUGUGGCGGGUGCAUUUGCACAAUUGGCCCACCCCGGUCGCUUCACAUUCCGAUGGCCUCAAUACGUAA